AUGAUGCCGGAGGAACAAGUAACCUCUCCUCAAAGGAAACAUCAAAAAAGCAAAGCCAAGACUAUACGAGCACCGGGGUCGUCCAUAGAACGAGUCGCCCAGGCCUGUGACAGAUGUCGCUCCAAAAAGACAAGAUGUGAUGGAAAACGACCACAAUGUUCCCAAUGUGCCGCUGUUGGUUUUGAAUGUAAAAUUAGUGAUAAAUUAUCCAGGAGGGCUUUUCCAAGAGGGUAUACCGAGACGUUAGAAGAAAGGAUAAGGGAGCUAGAGUUUGAAAACAAAAAGCUGCAUAAACUUAUCGAUUUAAAGAAUGAGCAAGUUGAAAUCAAGAACAGAAUUGACCAAGAGUCUACUCUAACAAAUGAGAACCUUACUCUAUUAAACAAGGAGCAAGAGGUUUCUCAUUCUGGCAAUAUUCAUCACCAUGCGGACGGAGAACCUUGUAACUGUGCCAAUUCUGUUUCCGCUCGCCCAGUUUCGAUAGCUGGAUCUGUAGAUAUUGAUACUACUGAUUUAAGUGAUGAGGACGAUUCUCUUUACUCAGCUGCUUCGUACAAUGCAAAAUAUCAUCAAACUGGAACUUCCGGUCCAGAAAUGGUUCGUCUUUCUCAACGAUAUUCUAGUGGAAAUUUCAAUGAUCCUUUAUCGUUUGAACAGUCCAAUGCACCGGGUGCGGCAGCGGCCAUCUCCAUUCAAAACAAGAUGCGAACGCAAACAUUUGUUAAUCUAGCUAAUUUGGUUGCAAUGUCUAUCCCUAGAACUACGGAGGAGACGCUUUUUAUUGCCAGUUUACUUGCAAAGAUUUGCAACGUCCAUGGGUUUCAAAGUAAAGCUCCGAUACUAACUGCAAAGUCUAUUGCAUUGCUGAAGGAUAAGUAUAAUUAUGGAAACGAUGAGGUAUUUGCUAAUAUUACCCUUAAGAAUGUUAAUUUCAACAAACUCACAUCACAGCAGAGUCAACAAUUCUUCCAAUCCCUGAAUCUUCCGAACCAAGUCAACUUAGACCUAUUCAUUACCACUUUUUUCAACACUUGGAAUAAUUUUAUUCCAAUAAUAAACAGGCACAUCUUUAUGAGCUCUUAUAUCAAAUUCAACAAGAGUAGAGAGACUAUGUUCACUGAUAAUUCAAUGUUUGGCAACGAGAAGUUCGGAGAAAUAUUACUUUUGAUUACAACAAUGGUUAUGCUGUCCCAAGAGAGAAACAAUAAUAGAGAAGCUGUACCUUCUUCUAGUUACAAGAAAGAUUCAACGCCUCAUCCCCACCGGCCAGAUGCUUCAAGUCAGAGCAAUGUGGAGAUACUUCAGUAUUACGAUCAUCUUAUUCAUGAAUUUAUCAAAUCGAACAUAUCAGAUGAUUGCUCGCUACCAACUCUUGAAAGCCUGUCGCUUCAACUAUUGUACUGUCUUGCAAUCGGAGAUUUGACAACCAGCUAUGAGCUAAGGGGGAAAAUCAUUACUAUGGGACAGCAGCUGCGACUUCACCGUUGUCCUUCUGCUGUUUUAGGGACAAAUGGAUCUAAAGUUUCUCAGAUGCAACAAGGAGAAAGAAGGAUUUUGUUUUGGUGUAUAUACAUUUUGGACACAUUUAGUGCGCUAAUACUAGGUGUCCCCAGAUUGUUGAAGGAUUAUGAAAUUGAAUGCGCGUUACCCUUCAGUAAUGAAUCAAAUAAUGCCAAUGUGAAGGGCUCCAUCGAAAACACUACUAAUACUGUCAUUAUCAACAACAUCAAACUGUCGCUUGCGGGUAAAGUUUCAGACUGUGCUCUAGCGGUAAUGAGAUACUCAAAAGUUCUAGGCAAUAUUUUGGACUCGAUAUUCCAGAGAAGCUCCAUCAAUAACCCAAGCGUUGUCUCUAAAUCCACCAACAUCACUGAAGAGACUUGCCUGUUGCAUGAACAUGCCCUAGAUCUAUGGAGACGUGAGCUGUCGCCCCAUAUCAACGUAGACUUGGACAAGUCCCCUGGUGGUGUCGAAUAUGAAAGAUUGUCUGACAAUCAACUUACGAUACUAUUUCUAUACUACCAUGCAAAAAUAUUGAUCUAUCUGCCACUCAUGGCUAAUGAAUCUUCGCAGUCACGAAGUUCUGCUUCUUAUAUCAAUAUUCAACAGUCCACCACUUCUAUACUUGCAAUUGCAAACACAUUGGCAACUAAAGAAAGAAAUUUUUAUUUCUUACCCUUACCUGUAAACUUGUCAAGGGAAAAGGUCAGGUUAGCGUUUUUAUCUGCCAAAGGAUCGUUAGAGUAUGCAAGGGGAGGAGCAUUGUUUCAGGAAUCCAAAAUUUUACUAGCCAGCGUCAUCAACGAGCUGAAAAUAGAGACAAGCAUUGGAAUGCUGGGAUGCCUCUCAGUACCCUGUAUGGAAGCUGUUGAUAAUGCUAUGGAGCAGAUCAUGGCACUGCCAGGAAAAGUUUCAAGCGUUAACGGCUCAAAUUCAGAGAUGAAAAGGUCUAGCUCUAAGCGUAAAAGUUCGCCACUGAGACAAGAUAUUAGUGGUGAUGAACGAAAAUCACACAACAUUGAAGUAUCAGAUUCUAGAACUCCGUCUGUUCAAUCUUCACUUUACCCGCAACCCAACCAAAUGCAUCAUCCCAAUAUUAUUAAGAGUGAGAAUAAUGAACAAAUGAUACCCGAAAAUGAUACCCCUGGAGCCAUUAACGAUAUAUUCACCUCCCAUAGCCCUCCUGGCACAGUCACUUCAAUGAAGGAGGAAGAUUUACCUAUCAAAGUUCCAAUUCUAUUGCAGACCCAACAACGACAGAUAUACAAUAAUAAUCCCAACCAUUCCUUGUUUUCGCAACAGCCGGGCACACAGGUCCUUUCAGGACAGCAAAUGCCUGGCCCCAGUUCCACCGAUCAACAGUUCAAAAGAAUAACGACUCCAGAUGGUUUAGACUCCUUGAUGAUGCAAGAUUUUGGAGUUGAUGCCUCAUUAGGUUUACCAAUGUUGGAUUUUGAUUUUAACUUUGAUUUUGAAAAUGUUCAAAACAACUAUUCUCAAAGUAAUGUAUCUCCUCCCAAUAGUGAAAGUGUGCCAAGCUCAAUUCAAGGUACACAUUCCAAUGACCCCAAGGAUUCUCAAGUUUCUGCUGGGAGUUUAUUCGGACUUUAG